AUGAGCCCUGCAAUGAGUCCCCUGCUGUGCCUCGUCUUCUUGCUGCAAUGCUGGGAAGUACAUAGCUUCUUGCGGCUCUGGCAGCAAGGAACGCCCAGGGGGCAUCUAGGCGCCGUCGAAGAAGACAAUGGUUCUCAAGGUACCAGUAUUUGCUGCUGCGCUGAGCAAUGUGUUGUUUUUAGCAUGUGCGCUGUUGACGUUCCUGGUGCUGUUGUUGUUUCUCCAAAUGUAGCUCCAUUGCUGCCAAUCGACGAUCUCCUUGCAAUUAGCGACAGCACAGACAAUACUGAGGCAGCGGUGUUAUUGUUCGCCUCGUGGGACUCCAGCAGCAUGAUGCUGCUGCAGACCUGGCGCCAAGCGGCAGACUCUUUUCAGCAGAGCUUGCGCGGGGGUCUUUCCCUGUUUUCUUUGUCAUCCCCCUCCUUCUUUAAAAAAAAGUGCAAGGCGAGGGAACAGCCACUCAAAACAGCAGCUUUUGACUGCGCGCAGCAGCCACAGCAUGAUGGUCACGAUGCUAGGGCGCUGUGCCGCAGCAUCGGAGUUUCCUCGCUUCCCGCACUUCUGUAUUUCACUCCUAAACCGGUGCGCUUUACGGAAGCGCAGCAGCACAUGCAGCAGAACCAAUUAGGAUUAUUUGAUGAUGAAGCAGAUGCCACUUUAAAUCCCCGUGCAACGCGAUACAAAGGGGAUAUGCUAAUGAAGGAGGCGAUUGUCGACUGGUUGAAACUUCUGCGUUGCAUAUCACGCUUUCAGCAGCUGAUUAGCAGUCGUAGCAGCCGGACUAGCGGGCAACAACUGCAGCAGCAAUUAGAGCAGCAGGAGCAAUUAAUCCAGGAACAACAGCAACUGCUGCAGAAGCAACAGCUUGAAUUGGACAACCUGCGAAAACAAUUGCAGAAGCCUUUGUAA